ACAGAGAUGGGGAAUCAUCUCGCCGGCUUCGGCUUCUGGAACAAGGAACCUCCGCCGCCGAUGGUUUUGGUGCCACCCAUCUUCGAUUUUCCCCCUCUCACUGCCCGCACAAGGAUGCUGGUUCCAGCUUAUGACUUGCUAUUUGGGAAGCUCGCACUGCGAUGCCUGUUUGAGGACUAUUUUGAAAAGACAAGGCAGUUGAACACUAUGAUUAUGCUGAAGCCAUUGGAAGAUCCUCAUGUGGAUUUGGUUGCGACGGUAUCUGGUUCCUUAGAUCGGAAAACUGGUGAGAAUGUUGUGGGGAAUGCCUUAUUUCGCUGGCAAAGGGAUUUAGAUGACCCGCACACUUUCAUGGAUAUUUUCAUAUCUACCAAUGAUCCCAUUUUACGCUUGAGGUCAUGUGCAUACUAUCCAAAAUUUGGAUUUGGGGCUUUUGGUAUAUUUCCAAUGCUAUCAGCGAACAGGUUACAGCCGGAAGAUUAUGGUGUCAUGGGCUUGAGAUAUGGAUCUGAAAAACUUUCUUUUGGUGCUAUGUUCAUGCCGUUUCCUGUAUCCAGGGAGACUCCAAUCUCUGCUUGGGUGGUUGGAAGAACAGGGAGGUUAAGCCUGGGUGUGAAGUAUGAUCCCCCAAAUGGAAGUAGACGUCCUAUGAAUUUCAAGGAUUUGAAGAGCUGGAGUUGUGCAAUCGGAUAUGGAUUGGGCUUAGGCAGUCCUUUGAGUCCAUCAUUUAAUUUCUCCCUUGAGCUUGUUAAACAAUCACAGUUAAUCGCAUCAUUCUAUCAGCAUGUUGUAGUACAAAGAAGGGUGAACAAUCCUUUUGAAGAAAAUCAAGUUGUGGGAAUCACCAACUACAUCGACUUUGGUUUUGAGUUAACAACAAGGAUUAAUGGAGAAAAAUCAGCUAGUACCGUAGAUGAUUCAUCAUUUCAAAUAGCUGCAUCUUGGCAAGCCAAUAAGAAUUUGUUGUUGAAGGGAAAGACAGGCCCCUCGAGCUCUGCUAUAACCUUGGCAUUUAAAUCUUGGUGGAAACCUUCAUUUACAUUUAGCAUAACAGCUAUUAAUGAUCGCCUAAUUGGGAUGACGUCUUAUGGGUUCGGCAUCCGAGUUGAGAAUAUUAGAGAACCCAGCUAUCAAAGAGCUGAUCCAAAUUAUGUGAUGCUUACCCCAAAUAAAGAGCAUUUAGCCGAAGGCGUUCUUCGGGAUUUCGGGAAGCGUCCAAUGUUCCAGUCCGAGAUCAACUCGGGCAACUAUGAUCAAUUACCAAGAGAGCUGAAGCCAAUUGGGAAGAUCUUCUAAUCCUUAAUCAUGGAGCUCAGAUUCAGGACAAGUCAGGGACUUCGCAGAAGCUCCAGCUGAAUUGUAGCUAAGAGUUGCUCUUCUGAAAUAGGCAUCUAACAGAGUACCACAGACGACCUGAUUAGUUUUUUACUUCUUUCAUAGAAAAUGUAGAUCAAAUGAGCUAUUUUUUAUUUUUUUUAAUGUCAAAUAAGGGGUUCAAGUAGAGGGAUUUUGUCAUCCUGAAGAUGAUUAUAGCUUAUUUUAGCAAUAAUCAUAUUGUCUUAAUCCUUAUUUGAUUUUCCCAUGUCCCAAAAUAUAUUAGUGUCUUAUUGAGUUUUCUGUGAUCGAUAAAAUGUUUGAAUUAUGUUUUGUUUUUCAACAUGUUGUAUAAGCUUACUGAAAUGUUCGGCA